AAUAAACACAAAAGUCACCGAUACUCCAGAUUGCAAUAAUAUUACCUAGAAAUUUGAAACUUUUGUUCAUUUUAAUGCUUUCACAGUAGGCGUGCCAUACAUCUUUUCGUUGAAAAACGAGCUUCAACAGCGGACAAAAAUAUUAAAUACGGAAUGAAUAUUUCAUCCCUGCUCAGGAUGGCACUUCCGACGACGGCGACGGCUCUUAACUUCCUGUCCGCUAAAACCUGAGAUUUAUUAUCGGAGGUAAUUGGAAGGAAGAAGCGGAGGAACGGGAGUCACUUUCCACGUUGAGGAAACUUUGACGGCUGGGGCUGAAACGAUGAAUGUCAUUUUUAGGAAUUUCGGAAGUGUUCCAAAUUUUUGGGAGAGCGCAACAUAUCCAACUGUUCCAUUAAGAGACUGACUCAUUUGUGCUCCACUUCCUUCCUUCCUUCCAUCCUUCCUGUGUCCGUUUCGCACCCCUGAAAGUGUGCGCGCUGAGUGGGGAGCGCCCUGACGUUAGCGCAGGUGUUCACCGUUCUCCAGAAUGCCGUGCUUCUACCAGUAGAGUGUGUUUUCUAGUGUACUAAGGGUCAACGGUUCGAAUUCUUGCUGUCAAAGUGUUCUUGGGCAAGCCACUGAACUCUGAAGAGCCUACAUUAAAACCCCAUUUCAAUGUACUUGGCACAAUAGUGACCCCUUAAAAAAUUUUUGAUUGUUAAAAAGUAUUCUCAAUACUUUACAACAGGUGUUUUAGUAGUUUUCACUUCAAAAAUAUUCAAAAUACUGGAUAAAAUGUUAGCUAGCGUGAUUUUUCAAGCUUUUUGGUGUGGAUUGAAUGCUAUAAAAUGCAAACAGAAUGCUAGAACAUUACACUUUUACCCCCUUUUAAUACUACAAAACAUGUUUUAUGUUUGUUUCUAAUAGCAUCUUUAAGAAAUAAAUAGAAAUGCUUACACUAUGUAAGUGUAAAAUCUUCAAUAUGGUGAUUUUUUUUUUGUAUGUGUGUGUGUGUAGAUGGAAAGUAACUAAAAGCCCUUCAUAUGUUAACAACACACACCCUAAUUUGCGAUUUCAGAAGAAAAGUAAUACACAUUUUGGAUAAAUGUUCAAAUGUAAGCAAAGGGAGUUAAGUAAAAAUGUCAAAUCAACAGCGGAGAUUAGCCAAAAUAGCACACGUAACCACAUUUAUAGAUCAGUAAAUAAAAAUGGAGACUGAAAAAUGCCAAAUCUGACAUCUAUUUUGGGGGAAAAAAACGGCGAUAGAAAAAAAAAAGGAAAAAAAUACACCCCCCCCAAAAAAAGUGAAAAUAGAAAGGAAAAAUUCAUUAAUUUUGUCUCUAAAAAAAAAUUAUUCACUUUUACGAAACCUUUUGUUCCACUUCCAAUUCCAUAAAAAGGAACAUACUUUAAAUAUAAAUUACAUCAAUCUAAUAUUCAAUUUAGGAAGCCAUGCACAUUCUAUUAUUACACAAUGUAGUAAUAUAGUAAUAAUAUAGUAGUAAUAACAUAGUAAAACACCAUUACCGACUGGUGAGCAUCUGACACGCCGCAGGUUGCCCAUUCAAGCUUGAAAUAAAUAACUACUGGAUGACUAACUAGCUGAUCGCUUCAAUUGUGUCAUCAUCAUCAUCUCAUCCAGAGUGAGAAUUUUAAAAAUCAUGUCGAGACGUGUUACGCCAACUCCAGCUCGUGCGUAUAAAUAGAAGUGCUAAUAGACCUGUGCAAGCUUGUUUAUUACCGAGUCCGCGUUGGGGAAUUUGAAUUUUGGGAACGCGAGGAGCCAAGCGGGCAGGUGUACAGGUAGCGUUCAGCAUGGAAGGGGGGGCUAAUUAGAAGAUGCUAACAAUGGGAGGCUGCGUGGUGGCAGCCAGGAAGUGCUGGGACCAGCGGAGGGGGUCACCACUAUCAAAAGCAUCUUCACGAGCAACAUUUAGAUCAUAUUUUUUUUGCACUUUGGCGUUCCACGGACUGCAGCUGAAAAUCAAGCGGGAGCUGCACAGUCCGUGUUCUGAGCUUAGCUCCACCUGCAGCCAAGAGCGGCCCUUCAAACUCCAGUAUGGAGAGAAGUGCCUGUACAACAUCAGUGCCUACGAGCAGAAGCAGCACGCAGGCAUGAAGCCCUCCAGCCCAGUGACGCCACCCUGUAGCACCCCCGUGUCCCCCCUCCAUCAUGGCGCCCCGACCCCCAAACCCGAGCGGGUGUACACCCACGUGCCGCCCUCGAUACCCGAAGCCGCCUAUGCCAUGGAUCACAGAUUUCGCCGUCAGCUUUCUGAGCCGUGUCACUCGUUCCCGUCCCCGCCGACAAUGUCCCGGGACGCCCGGCCCCUGUACCAGCGUCAAAUGUCCGAGCCCAGCAUCCCCUUCCCUCCUCAAGGCUUCAAGCAGGAAUACGCCGACCCACUGUUCGAACCUCAUCCCGCCAUGAUGGGCGCCCCGCUGCCCCACAUGUACCCUGCCGCCAUGAUGAUCAAGCAGGAGCCCCGAGACUUCAACUAUGACUCGGCGGAGGUUCCCAGUUGCCAUUCGGUCUACCUGCGACAAGAUGGCUACCUGGCCCACAGCAAUCGGACCGAAGGUACCAGCUCUGGCGUUCGGAGUCUUCCCAAAAACAGCAUUCCCAACGCUGCUUCUCGUUGUCCAGGUUGCAUGUUUGACAAAGUGGCCAGGCACUUUUACGACGACACCUGCGUGGUGCCAGAGAAAGUUGAAGGAGACAUAAAACAGGAGGCGGGCCUGUACCGCGAGGGUCCGUCCUACCAGCGGCGAGGGUCUCUUCAGCUGUGGCAGUUCCUGGUGGCACUGCUGGACGACCCUGCUAACUCGCAUUUCAUCGCCUGGACGGGUCGCGGCAUGGAAUUCAAGCUCAUCGAACCCGAAGAGGUGGCACGCCGAUGGGGCAUCCAGAAGAACCGACCGGCCAUGAACUAUGACAAGCUGAGCCGAUCGCUACGCUACUACUACGAGAAGGGAAUCAUGCAAAAGGUGGCGGGCGAGAGAUACGUUUACAAGUUUGUGUGUGACCCGGAGGCCUUGUUCUCCAUGGCCUUCCCCGACAACCAGCGUCCGGUCCUGAAAAGCGACGUGGAGCGUCACGUCAACGAGGAGGACACUGUACCCCUGUCGCACUUUGAUGAGAGCGCCCCCUAUGCCCAGGAGGCGUCUUAUUGCCAACCGCACCCUUACAGCGAGGCCUACGUCUACUAGAAGCGCCGCAGGAAAAAAAAAAAGACUCAACUUAAAAGAGAAACGCAACCUCCCUUAUUAUCAUUUGACACGGACAUUUGAAGGCCGUUUCCAAAGGUCCCUCGAAGAACAAAUUCUUCGGACAUUUUGACACAUUAUGACUAAAUUUCAAUCACCCACAUUAAACUACACUACAUUACCGAGCAUUGAUUUUUGACAGAAUGCUCACCUUAAAAAUUCAGCCCCCAAGUCCAGUUUCAUUUUAGCAACAUGAAAUUUGGCAGACAUGCCUAUCAUGUGUAGAAGAAGCCAUGCCUGAAAUGACACACCAUUUUCGAUAAAAGGGGCCAUUUUAGCAGAGAAAGUUUGUUUGGCAGCACUUUAAAAACGUGUCCCUUAAAACCGGUUCUACUAAGGAAAAUGAAAUUCGGUAUACUUGUCUAUCAUGAGCUGACCCCCAAAAAAAUGUCUCAAGAAAUCAUGCCUGAAAAGACACCUAAGUCUGCCAUUUUGGUUUGAAGCGGACAUUUUGGCCAUUUACAGGUUUUUUGCUUUGAAGAAAAUGUAUCCCCUACUUUAUACUAGGGAUGUUCCGAUCCGAUCACAUGAUUGGAAUUCGGCCCGGAUGCACCAUUUGUCAGAGGAUUGAAAUCAGGUAAAAAGGAUCAGGUUUUUAAUUUUAAAAAUAUAUACCGUAAUGUUUGCACUGUAAGGCGCACCUGACUAUAAGCUGCCACCCACCAAAUUUGACACCAAAACAGCAUUUGUUCAUAGAUAAGCCGCACCGGACUAUAAGCCGCAGCUGUCCUCACUGUAUUAUGUGAUAUUUACACCAAAAGAUAUCAACCGGUAACACUUUAUUUGACAGCGGCAUCAUAAGACCAAAUGAACCACCAUAAAACUUUGAACCAAUAGGCUCCAAAGCUUCAUUCCCUCCAGAAGCUUCAUUUGGUCAUCACUGUUCUCUUAGGGGAGACAGCCAACCUCUGCAGUCACUUGCUGGCAACGGGUUGUCAUGUUGGAGCCAUGUUGUCAUCCAACAUGCCUCCUAGCAUGCAUUGCAGCGCUACAGAUGUAAAUAACAAAUCAAAAUUCAUGUUCUGUGCUAAUUGUUUCUUCAGUUACUGUUCUAGUUGUUUCAUUAAUUGCUAGUUAUGGUAUUUGGUAACACUUUAUUCGACAGUGGUGCCAUCAGAAUGUCAUAAGACCAUCAUAAUUAUAAAAUGACACUGCCAUGAGAAUUAACGAAUGCUUAUGACGGAUGUCAUUUUGUGUCAUCCGGCAAAUUAUCUCCCUUUUGAAUGGAUGUAAAAUAUCAGAGAUGGACAUAAAUUAAGUUAGUGACAUAGUUUGCCAGAUGACACUUUAUGACAUCUUUCAUAAGCAUUCAAUAAUGCCUAUGAUAAUGUCAUGUCAUAAUUAUGAUGUUCUUAUGGCACUCUUAAGACACCGUUGUCAAAUAAAGUGUUACCUAUUAACCCAAAUAAAUCAACAAAUUAGCCGCACUGGACUGACUAUAAGCUGCAUGAUGCAAAAUGAGGGAAACAAGUACGUAGCGGCUUACAGUCAGGAAAUUACGGUAUUCGUUUUUCUGCUUCAUGCUUAUACAGCACCACAGCAUCUCACCCUCCUUCUUACUAAGCAGUGUGCCAAACUGUCAAGCUUGCGUUUGGUACUUAAAGUUCACGGUGAUUGACAGAUUUGUAGCUUUGAUCUUGCCAGGGAAGCUUGGUAGUUCAACGAUCAAAGGCACAUAUCUGUCAACCAUCGUUAAACUUGCAGAUGUGUGCUGUGGCAACCCAUUGUGUAAGUGAGAGGCUGUUCUGUGCAGCAUGAGCGUCAAAGCGUGAGUGGACUCACUCAAUGAAGCAUUUAUUAAGGACACGCAUUGUUCUGCGUUAUUCUUGUUUAUAAAUAAUUCACAUUAUGAACGCAGCUCGGUGGGAUAUUAACAUGUUUGGAACUUUCGGUAUCGGAUCGGAACUCGGUAUCGGAAGAUUCUCAAAAUCAGUUGACUCGGAUUAGGGUGCUAAAAUAUGCAAUCACGAAACCCCUAGUUUAUACUAUCUUUCAUGACCUCACCCACAAAAAAAAAAUCUCAAUUGUCUUGCCCGAAAAAACAGGAAAUCUGUCAAUUGGGUUUGAAUUGAGCUUUUUUGACACAAUUUGACCAUUCCCAGGGUUCCUUCAAGGACAAACAUUUACUUAAUCCUUCACAAUGCUAUGAAAUUUAAUUCAACUGAACUGUGACAAAACUCCGGGGGGGAAAUUAUUGUUAAAAUGUUAAAAAAUUCAGCCCUCCAAAUCAAUUUGCUGCUUAGAAAUUGUAUUUUCAGGUAUGCUUUCAGAACUACCCGUACCUUAUAACACACAGGAAUUCAGCCAUUUUGGAUAGGUUCAUAUCGCAGGUCUUAAUGCACGAAUCUGAUUUUUUCGUGUUUUUUUCGACUCGAGUAAGGCAUUAACGGACGGAGGGUCUUAACGGGAAAAGUCGCAUAAAAGUGGACCAUUUCACUUUCGUAUGUGGUUAAAAUCCGAUCUGGGCCAUAUUUUUCCAGAAUGUAACUGCGGUCUGAACUGUCAAGUCCUCCAAAUCAGAAUUCAUGCAGCAAUUACAUUAGCAAAGAGUGAGAGAGACGGGGCACUACUGUAGCAGUGCACCUGUGCAAAAGCGUUAGCGCUAAAAAUGCCGAUCGAUCGGGUCCGAUCACGUCAUUUUCAAAGUAUCGGAAUCGGCAAAAAAAUAUCGGACAUGCCUUUUUUUAAUAUAUAUGUAUUUUUUAAUUAAAUCGUUUUCUAAUUGUAAUUAACGUUACAGACAAAAUGUCUUUCACUCAUCCAGAGUCUUUAAUUUUGGCUUAAAGUAGGGCUAUCAAAUUUAUCGCGUUAACGGCGGUAAUUAAUUUUUCUUAAAUUAAUCACGUUAAAAUGUUUAACGCAAUUAACGCAAGCGCUGCACGGCCCACUCACGCAUUGUCGCGUUCAAUCUAUAAUGGCGCCGUUUUACCGACAUAUAGAGCUAAAAGGCAGCGUAAAAUGAGUAGAGUGAAUUUUGGCAGUCUUUGGAGCCUUUUUUUUAAAAGGCUAAAGCCUUACAAUCCCUCUCUCAACAAUUAGAAAUAUCGUGGGAAGCAAUGUGGGGAAGAAAGGUAGUAGUUGAUCUUUUUCUUAACACCCUAUGUUAUUUCCCAACGCAGAAAAAAUAUAUAUCAAUUGGUGCCACUACGCACAGUCAUGGUUGUACUUCCCAUCAUGCAUUUGGGCAGAACAGUUAAAUGGCUUCAGUAUCAUUUACUGAAAGCUCAACAAAUACACUAGAUGGCAAUAUUUAGUCACAGUACACAAAGUCACAUUUAUCCUUUAAGAAUUACAAGUCUUUCUAUCUGUGGAUCCCUCUCACAGAACGAAUGUUAAUAAUGUAAAUGCCAUCUUGAGGAUUUAUUGUCGUAAUAAACAAAUACAGUACUUAUGUACUGUAUGUUGAAUGUAUAUAUUCGUCCGAGUUUUAUUCAUUUUUUUCUUAAUGCAUUGCCAAAAUGUAUAUGAUCGGGAAAAAUUAUCGGGAAUGAUUGGAAUUGAAUCGGGAACAAAAAAAAAGCAAUCGGAUAGGGAAAUAUCGGGAUCGGCAGAUACUCAAACUAAAAGAAUCGGGAUCGGAUCAGGAGCCAAAAAAACAUGAUCGGAACAACCCUAGUUAGCGCCUAGGUUGAACGCGGCUUUUGGGGAAGGGGCGGGCUUGGCAACAGUCAUAAAAAAAUAAAAUAGGUUGAGGAUAAGCUUGAGAAUAGUUUUCUCUCUGCUCCAAAUGAGCAAUAUUUUCAAGACUGCUUACACGGCCGGGAGUCGAGGCAAACUGUCCGUAUGUGUGUGUGUGCGUCAUAUGUAGUCAUUUGUUUUGAUGCUCUUGCGCAUGCGGGUCAGUUUCACCCAGCACGUCUCGGAUUGCGAAUUAGUGCGUAUGCGUGAUACUUGAACUGGCUCAAUGGAAAAAAGGCAGUCUGAACGGGGAUGCCGAAAAAACAGAUAUGACAAAAAUCGGAUUGUACAUUAAGACCUGCGGUAUGAAACUAGCCUUUGUUUUGAAGGGUGCUAAGUAGACCCGCAAAAAAAUUCUCAAAAAACAAGUAUAGGAUACAGUAUGGUUGCCAUUUUGCCUUGAGGCAGAUAUUUUUUUGUAUGUCUGCUAGCAAAUUUUACUCACUGCUAAAUUAUCAUACAUUUUAUUUUUCAUGAUUGCUUGUGGGGAAACAUGGCUAAUCACCAUAAAACGGCUAAAUAACAGUGAAUUAUAAAGGUCCUACUGUUAAGAGAUUCAUAAGCACCCUUAAUUCACAGAAAUUAAUAGAUCUAAUAAGCCAGCUAUAGCUUCCUUCAAACUGUUACUCACACCAUCAACAUGUGUGAGGGUAUGUGGAAGCUUUAAUUAUAGAGAAUAGCUCUUAGAAUUGCUGUUUAUUGUUCUGUCAACAUACUAAUCCUCUUACUGGGGGAUUCUAAAUUUUUAUUGAAAGGCUCAUGACAGCAUUUUUUUAUUAACAUGAAAAUGGGUGGACAAUAUUAUCCUAACGGGAUGCACACACACAUACACAAAAGUCAUUUUGGGCAUAGCGCUGAAGUUUGAUUAUUUCAAGGAUUAAAAUAAGGGCCAUUUCUAAACAUCAUCAACAUCGUUUAGUUGACGUGCACUUUAAGGGACUCUGACGGCUCGACGGCAUUGUUUAUGUUUGUACAUGAAGUGUUUUGUUUUCUAAAAAAAUAUUAAGAUGAAACUUUCCAGCAUGCGACACCACAUUGAAACUGGACUCUCGCCACAGCCAGAACUUUCAUUCUGUAUUUUGAAGAAUUUCACCAAGACUACUUCCUGCUCGUCCACUCAUGUGAAGAGAGGACAACUGUUCUCCUUUUUUUUUUUCGUUUGUCGAAAGGAUCAAAAGACGUUCGGGACGCAGAACACAUUGGAGUGGACCGAUGAACACAUGAACGUCAAUGAAUUGACUGGACACUUCAUUAGGAGCCUCCAUUUCCCAUCCAGAACAUGCAUCCUACUGUUUCUAAUGUUUUGACCCUCUCGUGUAGCUUAUUAUAAAUAUGUCAACCACGAUAAUAAACAUACUGUUCAAUGAAUCACUUGUUUGGUUGCAUUAUGAGACUGUUGAAUGCUAAUAACACUCCAAACAAUUGUUGAAUGCUAAUGAAACCAAUCAAUUGUAUUUAUUCAGCUAUUUUGGGUUUUGUGUGCUUCAAAAGAAAUUUCAACCGUGAACAUUGUACCAAUGGAUGCUAAAUUGUGUGAAAAAGUUUUGGCUUUUGCGAGCAGGCACACCAUGGUUUCGAAAAAUUGAUGAGUCGCCAUAAAAAUUGUGAAAUUGUCAACCAUAAAUUUAGCCCCAAAAAUCGACUUUGUCAUAUUAAAUUUGGUAGAUGUGUAUAUCAUGAGUAGACUCCCAAAAAAGUCUCAUAGCCUGGUGCCUGGUAAGAAACAGAAAGUCGGCAAUUUUAGAUUGAAAGGAGCUAUUUUAGGAAGAAAAAGUGUGUUUGGUAGCUUUUCAAAAAUUGGGGCCGAAAGCCGGUUUCACAAAGGAAUAUAAAAAUUGGUAGACCAGUCUAUUACAAUUAGACCCACAAAAAAAUUCUCAAGAAGUUAUGCCUGAUAAAACACGGGAAGUCUGCAAUUUUGGGUUGAAGUGGCCAGUUUUUGGGAGAAAAGUAUUACGGAGCUUUUAAAAAAUUGAGCCCCGAAAGCCAGUAUCACUUAGGAAUAUGAACAUUACAAUAAAACAUAAUUCGACCUACAAAAAAGUCCCCAGAAGUCAUGCCUGGAAAGACACAGCAAGUCUGCCAUUUUGGGUUGAAGUGGCCAUUUUUUGGGAGAAAAGUAUUUGGGACUAUUCAAAAAUUGAGCCCCGAAAGCUGGUUUUACUUAGGAAUCUAAUAUUUGGUAGACAAGUCUGUCACAAUUGGGCCUACAAAAAAUUCUCAAGAAGUUAAACCUGAAAAGACACGGGAAGUCUGCAAUUUUGGGUUGAAGUGGCCAUAUUUUGGGAGGAAAGUAUUUGUGAGUGUUCAAAAAUUGAGCCCCCAAAGCCAGUUUUGCAUAGGAAUAUAAAAAUUUGGUAGAGAUGUCUAUCACAACUAGACCCAAUAAAAGAAGUCUCAAAAGGUCAUGCCUCAAAAGUCACCGGAAGUCUGCCAUUUUGGUUUGAAAUGGCCAUUUUUGGGGGGGAAAAGGUAUUUUAGAGCUUUCAGAAAUUGAGCCCCGAAAGCCGGUUUCACAUAGGAAUAUAAAAUUUGGUAGACUGGUCUAUUACUGUUAGACCCACAAAAAAAGUCUCAAGAAGUCAUGUCUGAAAAGACCC